UUCUCCGACCAAUCACAGACCGCCCACGUCUAAACACUUCCGGUUUUCUCUCCAACUUGCCUUUUUACCGGAGCGGCUGGUGUGACCAGAUAUCAGAGGAGUGAACACCACGUAGAUCAUUGGCUAAAUAAAGACAUAAAGAUGCCCCCCAAAAAGGGAGAAGCCCCGAAACAACCUCCAUUGAUUGGACGAUUUGGAACCUCUCUGAAAAUUGGAAUUGUGGGAUUACCUAAUGUCGGGAAAUCCACCUUUUUCAAUGUGCUGACCAAAAGCCAAGCUGCUGCAGAGAACUUCCCAUUCUGCACAAUUGACCCAAAUGAGAGCAGGGUACCUGUUCCUGAUGAGCGUUUUGAUUUCCUCUGCCAAUACCACAAACCAGCCAGUAAGGUUCCGGCUUUCCUAAACGUUGUGGAUAUUGCUGGUCUGGUGAAGGGAGCUCACUCAGGACAGGGACUUGGAAACGCCUUUCUCUCCCACAUCAGUGCCUGUGACGGCAUCUUCCACAUGACUCGUGCUUUUGAUGAUGAGGAUAUUAUCCACGUGGAAGGUAACGUUGACCCAGUGAGGGACAUUGAGAUCAUCCACGAGGAGCUGCGACUAAAGGACGAAGAAAUGAUUGCUCCAAUCAUCGACAAGCUGGAGAAAACUGCCGUGAGAGGAGGUGACAAAAAACUCAAACCUGAAUAUGAUAUCAUGGUGAAGAUAAAGAACUGGAUAGUGGAUGAGAAGAAACACAUCAGAUUUUACCAUGACUGGAACGACAAAGAGAUUGAGGUGUUGAACAAAUACCUGUUUCUGACAUCCAAGCCCAUGAUCUACCUGGUCAAUCUCUCAGAGAAGGAUUACAUCAGAAAAAAGAACAAGUGGUUGGCGAAAAUCAAGGAGUGGGUAGAUGCUCAUGACCCCGGUUCUCUGGUCAUUCCUGUGAGUGGAGCUAUCGAGGCUAAACUGCUGGACAUGGAGGAGGAGGAGAGGAACAAGUACUGCGAGGAACAGAAGACACAGAGUGUUCUGACUAAAAUAAUAAAGGCCGGCUAUGCAGCACUACAGCUGGAAUACUUCUUCACAGCGGGACCAGAUGAGGUGCGAGCAUGGACCAUCAGGAAAGGUUCCAAGGCUCCUCAAGCUGCAGGAAAGAUCCACACUGACUUUGAGAAAGGCUUUAUCAUGGCCGAGGUGAUGAAGUACAAUGACUUCAAAGAAGAGGGCAGUGAAAGUGCAGCCAAGGCUGCUGGGAAAUACAGGCAACAGGGCAGGAACUACGUCGUGGAGGACGGGGACAUUAUCUUUUUCAAAUUCAACACACCCAAUGCUCCUAAAAAGAAACCAUGAGACCACACAAUCACCAGAGGGAGAACUCAGAAUACAGUUUAGUUGGGCCUCAAAGAGCCACACUGUCUGCUGAUUUUCAUACUUUUCUCUUCAGUUCAGAGGAUCAACUCAUGACCUGGCUGGCCAGAGGUAUUUAUUCAACUGGCCUCCCAGGUCUGGACCAGAAUCUGUUGAAAUUAUUCUUUAUAAUGUUUCUAUACAAGAAUAGCACACAUUCCUACCUGUAAUAUUUUGAGCUAAUUUUCAUUUGCACCACUGUAACAGUCAAACAUUUGUAAAAACAUUAUAUUCCAGCUUUCAUGGUCUCAAGGACGAAUAGGUAUAUAUGAAUUGAGAAAUAUAUCAUUUCUGAUUUUUACUGGAAAUAGCCUAAUAUGAAACUGUAACAGAACACAAACUGCAUAUUGCUUUCUAGUUGAUGCUGACACUAUCCAUGUGUUUUUUUAAUAUGCAUCAGGCUCUUUUCUAGAUGCCUUUUGAUCAUUUAAGCCACAAUACUCAAAGAUACAGUUUUAUUUUUUUAUUUUUUGCAAUAGGUCUGUGAGACAAUCUUUGAUUCCUCUGAGUAAUAACAGCUUGCCUUUCUGUCAUUUGCUGACAAUUACCUUCAUGAUGACUGCUGAUCAAUUAACAAGCUCUCACAUCAUAACACUCUUAAUUGGUGCUUUAUUACAGGCAGGUGUGCUCUCAAUCUGUAAAUUGCUUCCCGUAUCAUAAAAAAACUUGUAAUCAGUGCAACAUGAGUGAGUAAUAUACAGCAUGUGUCUGCUACAGGUUCAUAAUCAGCAUUAAUUAAGUAAAGGCCAUCUGGAAUCAGUUUUAGGUCUUUUCCCCUAAAAUUAAAAAGAUUUCUUAGUUCCUUUCUGCCUUUUCUCUAAAUGUUUUACUAUUUUUAUGCUUUUCACAAUAAAGUCAUAAUACCUUAGCCUUAUCCAAUAAUGUUAAAAUAUACAGUGUCUGUAAAGGUUUGAGUGGCACAGUGUUUGAGAAAAUGAAAGCCAUCACUCAGUGUUACACUUCAGGCCAAUACUAUGCUGUAUUCUGAGGAUGUUAUUUUAGAGCAAAGCAGGAUUCCCUGCCAGUGCAGGAUCACUUAUCUGAAUUGAGAAUGUUGUUAUACUGCUUUUACUGACUUAGUUUGGGCUCCACCCUGCUUAACAAGACUAUGCUUCAUCAGCUGCAGGAGUACUCUGUGGAUCAUCUGGACAAUACAGCCUGUUUCACCUGUCCUCGCUGCCUCCACGGUGUGAAUGUCUUUAUUUUCAAGAGUACCUAACAAAUCCCCUCACCAAACUUCUCACCAAAUUGUGGACUAAGAUAGAAAUCCUGUGAACUUAAGGGAGCCACGGUAUAAUAAAUGCCAUCCUCAUCAAUAUGCAUGUCAAUAAAACCAGACAAACCUGG